UAAUUCCUCAGUCUUGCGCAGUGGUCGAUUCUGUGAUCUAUGUUAAAAUGGAGGAUAAAAGUCAGGUUGUAGAACCGAAGGGUAAAAAAGAGGAUGUUCUCGACAAGGAUGCCAAGUCUAAGAGCUCGAAAAGACGAAAUCGUAGAAAGAAGAACAUGCAAGCUGCAAACGCGCCGGAAAAGGUGGGACAGAACAACGCCGGGGAAACGGAAGAAUCAGAAAUGCCGGGGGGUUGCAACAUCUCGAUAAAGGACAUUCAGAUGGCCAUGGAGGUCUUUAAUAUGCAGCAGAAACCGGCCAAAACCCAGGAGGAGGCUCUUCAGAAGCCCUAUCAGUUCUGGAGCACUCAACCCGUCCCGAAAAUGGACGAGAAGAUCGUAUGCAACGAGCCAAUCGAGGCCGACAAGGCCGACAUCAGAGCGAAACCCUACUCGUUACCCGCUGGUUUUCAGUGGGACACACUGGCCCUUGACGAUCCCUUGGUUUUGGCCGAAUUGUACUCCCUACUAUCGGAAAACUACGUCGAGGAUGACGACGCUAUGUUUAGGUUCGAUUACCCGCCAAAUUUCAUCAAAUGGGCGCUCCAGCCGCCCGGGUGGCGGAAAGAGUGGCACUGUGGUGUUCGUGUUAGUAAAAGCGGACGCCUCGUUGGGUUCAUAUCAGCAAUCCCGGCCACUCUUCGCGUCUACAAUCACUCCCAACGAAUGGUGGAAAUCAACUUCUUGUGUGUUCACAAGAAGCUCAGGUCGAAGCGAGUAGCUCCUGUACUAAUUCGCGAAAUUACACGGAGGGUCAACCUCCAAGGUAUAUUCCAAGCCGUGUAUACAGCCGGCGUGGUUUUACCUAAACCAGUCAGUACUUGCAGGUACUGGCACCGGUCUCUUAACCCAAAGAAAUUGAUAGAAGUGAAGUUUUCGCACUUAUCGCGCAACAUGACAAUGCAACGUACCCUGAAACUGUACAAAUUGCCCGAGACUACCAAGGUCACAGGGUUCAGAAAAAUGCUAUACACUGACGUUACACAGGCCCAUGAGCUUCUCGGACGUUACCUCGAGAAAUUUGAUUUGGCGCCGGUUUUCUCACUUGAAGAAUUCCAACACUGGUUUCUACCGCAAAACGGUAUCGUCGACAGUUUCGUUGUCGAGAAUGACGGCAAAGUUACGGACAUGGUCAGCUACUACACGCUACCCAGCACAGUGAUGCACCAUCAAACACACAAAAUUCUGAAAGCCGCUUACAGCUUUUACAACGUAUCCAGCGCCACUCCGUGGCUCGAAUUGAUAACCGAUGCCCUGAUCUCCGCACGCAAUCUUGGCUUCGACGUAUUCAAUGCUUUGGACCUGAUGGACAACAAAGAGUUCUUGGAGCCUCUGAAAUUCGGUAUUGGUGAUGGAAAUUUACAAUACUAUUUGUAUAAUUGGCGCUGUCCAAGUAUGCCGCCAGGCAAAAUUGGAUUGGUACUGCAGUAAAAAGAGAAGAGAGUCAAAUUUUGGAGGCCUAUAAAAUACUUUGUUACCGAAGUAAAGUGUAGCACCAGAUUCGUCGUCGGUCGGUCAACAAUCAGCAGGUGGUCGGCGUAUGCCUGUAGAAACAUUGAGAGUGCCGUUUAUAGAUAAAACCGUACGGUGGAAUUUUUCCAUUUUUUUUUUUUGGACCUUCCUCAUUUUUCCUUACGUAAUUUGUUCAUACCCGAUAAUAGCUUUGCUAGGCUUAGCUUUUGAAUGAACAAUUUUUUACCAACAGUUUAAAAUAAUUUUUUGAAGCGUAAUUUAUAAAAAUAUUAAAGAAAAAUAUCAUUUUCUUGCGAUAAUAAAUAAAUAUAUAUAUAUAUAUAUAUAAUUAUAUACAUAUAUAUAUAUAUGUGUGUGUGUAUGUCUAGAAAGCGAUCCCGAUUCGUAUAUACUAUUUACGUGUCUACAUAUGACAUAUAUGUAUGAUCAUCGUCACGAUGAAAUAAAAAUCUAGUUUUCUAAUUUUCAACGAACCGUAAUAAAUUAGUAUAUGUAUACAAUACGUGCAGUAACAAUCGUGGAGAUGGCAUUCGAUCACCUUAUGACGCGUAAGGUUUGGCCGCUUGUAAUAUAUACUUGAGUAUUAGACAAUGUAGAUAAUUAUCUUGAUUGAUAAGAAAAAUGAAUAAUGAGAUGAAUAAUUCCUAAUGUUUCCAAACGUCAUUGUACAAUCGUUUCAACUCAGUCAUUUAAUACGUCCGGAAUCUAAAUGAUGCAACAAUGUAACAAUUCAUCGUUCCUAGGAAUGUGGGCGUAUUAUAAUUUUUAAAAAAUAUAUUGAAAAAUCAAAAUAAAUAGAACGUUUUAAACAAAGAAUCACCGUAAUUUAUUUGCAGGUUUGAAAUUGGAAAUCUCCAAAUGAAAAUUAAAAGAUUUCAAACAUUCUAGUUAUCUAGUUAUUUACUAAUCAAUUUAAAUUUUUAUUCCAUACGUCUCAAAUACAGUACGUAUACAAUACAUAUUACCGUAUUGUUCUGGAUAUAAUUUGAGAUUUUUUGUCGUUAACAGCUAAAAACUGUCCACGUCUUAUACGCAGACCCAUCUUAUGCGCGGGUCAGUAAG